AUGUCAACAAAAGGUAAUCCACUUCAAUCCUCGAGAAGAAACGGCGUGAAAUACCUGAUGGAUCCCGACCAGCAGAUCAAGUCAGCAGUGGCCAACAUCAAUGAUGAACUACAAAGAAUCCUUGCCAUCGCUGAAGUGCGGAAUCUCGACUCCGACAACGAACAAUUCCGUACACUGCUCAUCAAGGAGUUCAACAAAAAGCUUCGUGAAUUGAAAGACAAGGUCCGUGACUUGACGGCAGAAAACAAGCAACUCAAGAAGAAAAUAGCCGUUUAUGAGCAAAAUAGCCCUUCAAAAGCUCGUCCCACGAAAUCCGAAGGAUCCAUUCCAAACCUACAGUAUGUGUCACCUACGAAACGAAAGAGACAAAGAACAGGCAACGACGACGAACAAGUUAUGGUACUUUCAAGUCCAGUGAAGGGUGUUUCCCAAGAAUCAGGUGCUGAUUCCUCCAAAAAAGAUCUUACAAGCUCUCAAUUUAACAGACUACCUACCCAGUAUUCAGACAUAGAACUGCCGAAGAAACUGCCAAAGAAACUGCCUAAGAAACGUGAAAUUCAUGCCAACUCCUCACCUAUCAAAGCAGACUUUGUUGCUGUUAACGAGCGAAUCGUGGCGAAUUCCGAAGACGAGUUUGAGACUCUUGACGAGAAAGAAGUGGGAGUUCCCCUGCAUUACACUUCCCUCCAGAGGAUAGCUUUCCUACGAAAGUACUACCGAAUGAAGCUUGACGACGAGCGUUUCAAAGUAAAACUAGCAUUGAAUCCCAUAACAGAGAAACCAUGGACACAAGACGAUUUCAGGCCAAACGGACACUGGCAACGACCCAAGAAAGGCGAACCAAGAGUCAUGACAAAAGCACAAGAACGCAAUUUCCAAGAUUUUUUUUACCAGGCUGGCAAGGGAGCUCUUCCUACGGGCCCGGUUUGGGACGGAGACGAAAAGGAAGAAGAAGAGCUCUCCAGGUCCCAAGUCAUGGACAAGUACCUGUCACCGCCAGGGUUCAUGAUCGGCAGUUUCCCUGAUACUCAAGAACAAGAGGAACGCAAGGAGGCAGUCCGGCAACGUGCCGAAGAGAGAAUGAAGAGAAGGUUGGCCAGUGCAUUGGCAGCACCGCCAGGAGAGUUUAUCUUCUACGAAGAUGUGUUGAACCAGUAUGUCGCCCGGGGCCAGUACACGAAGUAG